AUGUCUAGCUGUCCAAAUGGAGCCGCCCCAAUGUUCCUGGAAUGGGGAAAUAUAAGCGUGAAUAUUGACCAAACCCUUACUCGAGGGAUUGGGAUUGGGAUUGGUACUCCGCAGCAGAUUGUGGCAUUGACGCCGAGUGCCAACGACAACGAUCUGUAUGUUGUGAACAAGCAGGCGUGUGCACCAUCCUACGACGACAGUUGUGCUGGGCAAUACGGUGGUCUAUUCGACUCCGGUGCAUCUACGAGCUACACCGAAGUCACCCAGGCCCAAUGGAACGGCACAGCCGAACCGAACCCAAAGCAUCUCUCCUUUAUCUACUUCAACGACGACAUCUCCUUCGGCAAUGCGGUAGUCGACGGCUUUCCAGCUUUCAUGGACCAGCUUGAUUAUGGUGGCCAAGGAAGUCUUCCACUCGGGUGGAACUCUACCCUUCUCAACGCCGCGGUCGCCCAAAACGUGAGCCCCUCUCGAUAUUGGUCUUUGUGGCCGGGAAGCCGAUCGAUUGAUUACGGCGUGCCUGGGGAGCUCGUGCUCGGAGGCGUGGACUUGACACGGUUUGAACCCCAGACUGUUGCAACUUUCCAAUCCGAACCGAACUGCGCACUCUGUCCGAUUGUCACCGGCCUCAGUUGGGACACCGAUAAUGGCUCUUUCAACAUCUUCUCCAACUCCUCGGACACUCUUCAGAUCUCGCUGCAACCUGACGUCAACUGGUUGACGGUCACUCCGGAUAUGUUCGCCAACUUUGCAAAUGCUACGGGAGCAUCUUUGACUUUGGAUCCUGGUGCGCUGGCAUACGACGCAGCUCAGCCGCCGGUGGGUAACCUCACCGUCACGUUGCGUGGUGGCUACCGAACGCAGAUCACAGCUGCCGAUCUUUUCGUCUACCCAAGAGGCUAUGUCAACGGGACAUACUCGGUCAUCAACAACACCUUCAUGGUGGCAGAAAUCCUAGCCCAAAACAACACCGGGUCCGUGAGGGACUGGGGAGUUCCUUUCCUGACUUUUAACUAUCUCAUGGUGGACUACGCCAGAAGCCAGUUUCAAUUGGCUCCCGCCAUUCGUACCGAUUUCAGCGACCAAGGAGGCGGAUAUCAACUUUCCGCUGUCUGUGAUCCAGUCACAACAAGGACACCGCCAUCUCGCGCGACGAGCAGCCCACCAGUAUCCCCGGCGACCACCACAACGGGAGCCAGGGGUUCAGGCUCCACAAAGGGUGGUAGUGACACUGGGGCGAUCAUAGGAGGUGUGGUUGGCGGCGUCUUGGGCUUGAUCUUGAUCGUCGGAGGCCUGGCGUUGUUGUUCUAUCGCAGCCGCAAACGGAGCAAGGCCGCAUCAGUAGAUGCUCAAGACCCCAUGUCCCAGCAGGAGCGGAUAUCUCAGUACACAUCAUAUACCGGGACGACCCCACGAGGAGCCCACGAGGUCAGCAGUGCAACGAAAUCCAAUCCUGAUGUCGAAAAUUGGAUCAAUUCUGCGGGAAGUGACGCGGUGAGAGAAGUGACGAAAAAUCUUUAA